AAUUAUCUUCCAUUUUUUUUUUCAUUUUUUUCUUUCCCUCUGAAAAUUAUUCACAAUUUUACAUUAAUUAUUUUUUAUAUAUUUUUCCUUUCUAAUUUUGUAUAGAUUGACGUAACAAUGGGUGAAGGAGCCUCAUCUUCUUCAAAGAAAUCCAGGAAACCAGAUUAUUCGAGGUUUACCCAACAAGAGCUGCCCGCUUGCAAGCCAAUUUUAACUCCACAAUGGGUUGUCACGGUGUUUAUCUUCCUUGGCAUCGUCUUCAUUCCUAUAGGCCUUGCCUCAUUGUCUGCAUCAGAAAAAGUAGUGGAAAUUGUACAUCGAUAUGAUGAGCAGUGCGUUCCUACAAAUUAUACACAAUCAGACCUUGCAUAUCAUGAUAGGAUUGCAUUUAUCAAAAAUAAUAAGUCAAACAAGACCUGCAUUGUGACCUUGACAGUUCCUAAGAAAAUGAAGCAUCCUAUCUAUGUUUAUUAUCAGCUGGAUAACUUCUACCAGAAUCAUCGUCGAUAUGUAAAAAGCAGAAACGAUGAGCAAUUGCGCAACCCAAAUUUUAAGGGUGACUUAAAAAAGACUUGUGCUCCUGAAGACAUGAACGGAAAUGAACCUGUGAUUCCCUGUGGGCUUAUCGCUUGGAGUUUGUUCAAUGAUACAUAUGGUUUUUCAAUUAAGAACAAAGGUUUACCAAUCAAUAGGAAGAACAUUUCAUGGCCAAGUGAUAAAAAGCAUAAAUUUGGAUCAAAAGUUUUCCCUAAAAAUUUUCAGAAAGGAAGUUUAAUUGGUGGUGGAUCACUUAACGAGAGCAUACCUAUGAGUGAGCAAGAGGAUCUUCAGGUUUGGUUGAGAACUGCGGCAUUACCAGUAUUCAGAAAGUUAUAUGGGAAGAUAGAGCAUGAUCUUGAAGCUAAUGAGAUCAUUACAGUAGUAAUACAAAACAAUUACAACACAUAUACAUCUGAGGGUAAAAAGUCUUUGGUUCUUUCAACCACUACAUGGAUUGGUGGAAAGAAUAAGUUCCUAGGCAUUGCAUACUUGACCGUGGGUGGGAUUUGCUUAUUCGUGGCAAUAAUUUUCAUACUUAUGUAUGUCAUCAAACCAAGGCCAUUCGGUGAUCCAGCCUAUCUGUCGUGGAACUUGAAUCCUUCAGGGAACUGAUGAUGUCUGCAUUAUCAUCCGUCAUGCUCUUCUCUCCAAAUUUUUCCUGCAGAAGAGUUUAAUUUAGCUGGUUUAGUUGUUAACACUAACUAUAUUCGAUACUUGCAAGUCCUGGACCAGUGACAGCAUCUUGUGAUUUAGGCUUUCAACUCUAUUGUCAUUUCACUAUACAUAUCAUGUUAACCAUCAAAACCUCUGCCUUGCAGCUUCAUUCUUUGAUUAAAUCAUUUAUUGUGGUGAGACAAUCUUUCUAGACCACUGAAUUGUACCAAAACAGAAUGCUUGAAGUAUACUCUUUUUUUUUUUUUUUUUUAUGUACUGAUCAGAAUAGGACUGGACACUGAAAUUCAUUGUUA